AUGGAAACUCGUUCUAACACUCAAGGUCAGGCAAAGGUGUUGUAUCCUGUACCAAAGAGUAAGGCCAAGGCCAAGGCCAAAGCGAAGGCCAAGGCCAAGGCCAAAGCGAAGGCCAAGGCCAAACCGAAAGCUAAGGCUCAAGCGAAGGGCAAGGCUAGGGCGAAGGCCGCACCUAGGACUGCUUGUACAGCACAGUGCGUCCUUUCCAACAAUAUUGGAGGCCCAAAGGCUGACAUUCGAGUCAGAGACUGGAUCUCCAAGGACCGUUCCUCGCAUGGACUCAGCAGGUGCAAGCAACAACUCGUAACUUGUCCGAAGGCACGUGUAGCUCUGAAGAAAGCCAGCUACCCGAACAACCGUCAUCAAGUGAACAUUGGAAUGGAGCCCGUUUUUCCUAUCUCCGAUAGCGGAGACUUCGAGACACCACGCGAAGAUGUUAUAUUCCUGGACCUACCGCCGGCAGAUGCACUAGGAAAUGACGCCGAUCAAGCGCCUGAUGAUCGUUCAGAAGAACCCAUGAUCUUCUUUAACUUACCAGGUGCAACUCCAAAUGUGUUGCUAGGCAGCGAAGGGUCGCAAAGGACAACAGAUGCAGAGAUACAGGAACAAACUGCGGAUGAUGUGCAAGUGCCUGUCUGUAGAGAGAUCCCACGCGAUCCAUUGACUGACGACAGGCUGCACGAAUCAGUGACGGAAGAGUCAACAUCAUCCGAUAGCGAACGACCGAAGAAGGUCCGCGGUGCCGCUAUUAACUGGGGCGAUCCCGUUGAGACCUUUGAUGAUGAGGUUGAGGCAGCCUUCUGGUUGGCAACUAAUGGCGGCUUUGCUAAAUUGAGGUGA